GGUUGGGUACGUGGAACUGAAAUCGGUGGUCAAAAGAAGUGGGGCUGCUAGAGUGCACAGGCUAUGGAGGGGCACUCUUGCGAUCUGGCUAAGUGUGGGCUCUGGGCUAUAACCCUUUGCCUGCGAGAACUCCCGUAGUUCUCAUGACCUCCCUAUUUUACAGAUGCACUGCCUGACCACUUCCACGCUGCUGCGGGCCCUGGCCCAGGCUGCACGUGCAGGACACCCCAGUGGCCGAAGCCUCCACAGCAGUGCAGUGACUGCCACCUACAAGUAUGUGAACAUGGGGGAGCCUGAGAUGGACAUGAAGUCGGUGACUGACCGGGCAGCUCGGACCCUGAUGUGGACUGAACUCAUCCGAGGCCUGGGCAUGACCCUGAGCUACCUGUUCCGAGAGCCGGCCACUAUUAACUACCCAUUUGAGAAGGGCCCUCUGAGCCCGCGCUUCCGUGGGGAGCACGCGCUGCGCCGUUACCCAUCUGGGGAGGAGCGCUGCAUUGCCUGCAAGCUUUGUGAGGCUGUCUGCCCGGCCCAGGCCAUCACCAUCGAGGCCGAGCCAAGAGCUGAUGGCAGCCGCCGAACCACCCGCUAUGACAUCGACAUGACCAAGUGCAUCUAUUGUGGCUUCUGCCAGGAGGCCUGCCCUGUGGAUGCCAUUGUUGAGGGCCCCAACUUCGAGUUCUCCACGGAGACACACGAAGAGCUGCUGUACAACAAGGAGAAGCUGCUCAACAAUGGAGACAAGUGGGAGGCCGAGAUCGCCGCCAACAUCCAGGCCGACUACCUCUACCGGUGAUGCGCCCCGCCCUGCCCGCUGGAUCCCCGCAGCCCCUGCUGCCCAAUAAAGAGCCUCUGACCCCGCCA